UGAGGUUGGAAACCCGAUCCGAGAAAUCGCAGUAAAAAGUGGGAAAUUGCCUAUAUUUUCAUUGUAAAAAUACUUGAUUCUCGCUAGUACUCGUUACAAAUAGGCAACCAUGGAUAACGUGUUAAAGUCUCGCCGUGAGAAGUCACAAAAACGCAAAAUGCUACUGGCCCAAACCUUCGGUGUAUCUAGCGUCGAAGAUCUUAAGCAUGUCUUGGGGACGAAGGAAGAAUCUUCAAUCAACAAAUCCCAGCGGUACGAGGACGAAGAAGCAAGGUCGUCGAAAAAGUCACCCUCCGAGGGCUUGGUAUACCGCGAUUCCUCUACGUUUCUGAAGGGUACACAAUCGUCCAAUCCACACAACGAUUACUGCCAGCACUUUGUGGAUACAGGCCAGCGACCGCAGAACUUUAUUCGGGAUGUCGGGCUGGCGGACCGGUUCGAGGAGUAUCCGAAGCUGCGGGAACUAAUCCGAUUGAAGGAUGAGCUGAUUGCGGAAACGGCUACACCGCCCAUGUAUUUGCGAGCCGAUCUCAAGACAAUCGAUCUUAAAACGCUGGGAACCAAGUUCGACGUGAUACUCAUCGAACCACCGUUGGAAGAGUACGCCCGAGGCGGGGCGGCAGUGGCCGCUGGUGCACCACGAAACUUUUGGUCGUGGGAUGAAAUACUCGCGCUAGAUAUCGGCGAAGUGGCAGCACAUCGAAGUUUUGUCUUUCUUUGGUGCGGUAGCUCCGAAGGGUUGGACAUGGGUCGUAACUGUCUGCGUAAGUGGGGCUUCCGAAGGUGCGAAGACAUCUGUUGGAUACGCACAAACAACGAGUCGCCCGGUCAUUCAAAGAUUCUCGAGCCGAAGGCAGUCUUUCAGCGCACCAAGGAGCACUGCCUGAUGGGUAUCAAGGGUACGGUGCGGCGUUCAACCGACGGUGACUUCAUCCACGCGAACGUGGACAUCGAUUUGAUCAUUUCGGAGGAGGCUGAGUUUGGCAGUCUGGAAAAACCGAUCGAAAUCUUCCACAUCAUUGAACACUUUUGUCUCGGGCGCCGCCGGUUGCACAUCUUUGGGCGCGAUUCAACAAUUCGGCCCGGUUGGGUUACGAUUGGGCCCGAGCUGACCAACUCAAACUUUAACAGCGAACACUACUCGAACGCCUUCGAAGAGUGUCCUACGACCGGGUGCACUGAACGGAUUGAGGCACUGCGACCGAAGAGUCCGCCGCCCAACGGUAAAGCAAUGCGAGGACGAGGUCGAGGCUUUUCCCGAGGAUUACGAGGAAGAUCUCGCCUGUAGAAGGUUCAGCUCGUCGGAGUGGAGAUUUUUCAUUCGUUCCCAUUUCUUUCUGUUCGCAAUUUCGACAAAAUUAAGCCACAUAAAAAUCCUUAAUAUGGAACAAAUAAAAUCAUAGCAUAUUUUCAUAGC